AGUGCGCGAGGCGGCGGCGCGUGGCAGCGGCUCGGGGCGCGCGGCGGCCCCGGCCCGGCCCCGCCAUGACCGACUUCAAACUCGGCAUCGUCCGGCUCGGGCGGGUGGCCGGGAAGACCAAGUACACGCUGAUCGACGAGCAGGACAUCCCGCUGGUGGAGAGCUACUCCUUCGAGGCUCGGAUGGAGGUGGAUGCUGAUGGAAAUGGUGCUAAAAUCUUUGCUUAUGCUUUCGACAAGAACCGUGGAAGGGGCUCCGGGCGCCUCCUGCACGAGCUGCUCUGGGAGAGGCACCGGGGAGGGAUUGCUCCUGGGUUUCAGGUGGUGCAUCUGAACUCGGUGACCGUGGACAACCGCCUGGACAAUCUGCGCCUCGUGCCCUGGGGGUGGAAGCCCAAAGCUGAAGAAAUCUCUAGCAAACAAAGGGAACAAAGUCUGUAUUGGCUGGCAAUCCAACAGCUCCCUACAGACCCUAUAGAAGAGCAGUUUCCUGUCCUGAAUGUAACCAGAUACUACAACGCUAACGGGGAUGUCGUGGAGGAGGAGGAGAACUCCUGCACUUACUAUGAAUGUCACUACCCCCCAUGCACAAUGAUUGAAAAACAGCUGCGUGAGUUCAACAUCUGCGGGCGCUGCCAGGUUGCCCGGUACUGCGGGUCGCAGUGCCAGCAGAAGGACUGGCCUGCCCACAAGAAACACUGUCGGGAGAAGAAAAGGACCUUCCAGCAGGAGCUCGGCCCGGAGCGGUGACCGGGUGGCAGAGGCCUCUCAGCAGCAGGAUUCCUCCUCCCCAAAGGCAUUGGGCUCUUGCUUUUGCACAGUGUGACAGACUGCUUAUCCAAGCCAGAGGCACUGAAGACAAACCCUGUGAUGCUUGAGCAGAAUGGCUGACUGGACUAAGCCAGCUCUGACUGGUGCUGUGGAAAGGGAUUGGCUCUGCCCUUCCAGUAUUAUAUUCUCAAGCAAAAAGACUACUGUGGAGGCUCCAGGCAGGAAGCUUCUCAUUAUUUAUAUGUUAAUACGUUUGUAAACUCAUGUACAGUUUUUGUUAGGAAUUCUUGAUAGCACUCAUUAACUGUAAUGUUCAGAGGAGAACAUGUUGUUGGCCUAAAAGUUUAAAAAAAGAAAAAAAAAAAAGAAAAAAGUCAUGUAGCAAAAGCUUUUUCCUCCCAUGUGGCAGAAGUGUCUGUGGCAGUGCCAGGGCCGGCGGGCAGACCCGGCGUCAGCACUUACUCUGGAGAACUCUGCAUGGAAGUUCUAUUGGAAAAAAAAAAAGAAACAAACAAAAAAAAAGAGCAAACAAAGUAAAGGUUGGAAUGAAUCCUUGUCUGCUCUCUGGCUUUCUCCCGUUCCCUUCCAGCUGCUGGCGGAGCACAGUCACACCUGGAUGUUGGAAUUCCCUGCUGGGUGGGAAGCAGUGCCCCAGGAGCUGGUGUGGGGUGUAGGGACCAUCUGGGAUGUGUGUUCAGGCAGCUGCAGCCUCAGAGGGGCUGCUGGAGAUGGGCCUUGGAGCAGCCAGGAUUUGGAAAGCUCCAUCAGCUUUCUGUUCCCAAACCUCUGUAGGUGAAGUAGCUGUGGGGAAGCUCAGGCAGCAGCUGGGUGGGGAUGUGGUGCCCUCGUGGCUUCCCUGUGAGCACAGCAGGUACUCCAGUCAUGUGCAGCAAUGUUUCAAUGAACUACUAUUUAAUAAUUUGAGUUAUUUAUUAAUUUUUUAAAGAGUUGUCAUCAGUCCAAGAAUCACUUUUUGAUAUUUUUUGUUUUUAAUGUAUUAAUGAGUACAAAUAGUCCUGGAGGAGGAUUUCCCUUGCAGAGCACAUGCCUAUUUUUCUUUUCAUGACUUAUCUGAAAGCUUUUUUCUUUUUCAUUUUUGCCUUAGAAAUAUAAGGACCAUCAGCUGAAUUUUCUGAAGAACUAAAUGGGUAAUUUAGUGCCAGGUGUUAGUCUUGCUUCACAGUAGAAGAAUGUGAACUGCUGAGUGCUUAAUGCAGAGCCUUUCUUGGAGUGCUUGGUGAAAGUUUUUUUGUAAAAGCCGUUUAGAAUUUCCAUUUUUCAAUCAGGAUUCACUUUGCUACUUCAUGUUGCAGUGUUGGUCUUGCUUGUAUUCAAUUUGUUAGAAAAUUGAACUGCUGUGGACUUCCAAUAUUACAUUCUGUUUCUAAUA